AUUCAUGCCAAAUACAAAAGAGAUAACCCUACUCUAUACUCCUCAUUUCUCUCUCCUCUUGUAUCAUCAACAAUGGCGUCUUUACUUCUCAAUCCAUGUCCUAAUACUACAUCUAAUUUCACCCCUCUUCAAUUUCCCCUGUCAAAUCACUUUUCUCACAAAACCCCAGCUCGAAUUUCCAUUAAAUGUAAUUUGGCUGAGCAAUUGAAGAAGGUGGAAAAUGGGAAACCACCUCCUUUUAGCUCCCAAUCUUUUGGAAUGAAGCAAUUUGCAUUGGAGAAUACUAUCAAUCAGAAUGAUACCCGACUUCGGAUUUUUUCUGGUACUGCCAAUCCUGCUCUUGCUCAGGAAAUUGCAUGUUACAUGGGUCUCCAGCUUGGGAAAAUAAAGAUCAAACGUUUUGCCGAUGGUGAGAUCUACGUUCAGUUGCAAGAGAGUGUCAGAGGUUGUGAUGUUUUUCUAGUUCAACCCACAUGUCCGCCUGCGAAUGAGAACCUUAUGGAACUUUUGAUAAUGAUUGAUGCUUGCCGGAGAGCAUCAGCCAAAAACAUCACUGCAGUUAUUCCUUAUUUUGGAUACGCUCGAGCUGAUCGAAAGACACAAGGACGGGAAUCUAUAGCCGCGAAACUUGUAGCCAACCUGAUAACAGAAGCAGGUGCCAAUCGAGUUCUUGCUUGUGAUCUACAUUCUGGGCAGUCAAUGGGCUAUUUUGAUAUACCUGUGGAUCAUGUAUAUGGUCAGCCUGUGAUUCUUGACUACUUGGCAAGCAAAACAAUUUGUUCAGAUGAUUUAGUUGUAGUUUCACCAGAUGUUGGUGGAGUUGCAAGGGCUCGUGCUUUUGCUAAGAAGUUAUCAGAUGCCCCACUUGCCAUUGUGGAUAAGAGGCGCCAUGGACACAAUGUUGCGGAGGUAAUGAAUUUGAUCGGCGAUGUUAAGGGAAAAGUUGCGGUAAUGGUGGAUGAUAUGAUUGACACAGCUGGUACAAUUGCCAAAGGUGCAGCUCUUUUGCACCAAGAAGGAGCAAGGGAAGUGUAUGCAUGUAGUACACAUGCCGUCUUCAGUCCUCCAGCUAUAGAAAGGUUGUCCAGCGGUUUAUUCCAAGAAGUAAUCAUCACAAAUACAAUUCCUAUCUCAGAAAAGAACUACUUCCCACAGCUAACAAUAUUAUCCGUUGCAAACCUUUUGGGCGAGACAAUUUGGCGCGUUCAUGAUGACUGCUCUGUUGGAUUUGAACCUUACUCGAGCUUGGGGAUCGAUUAACUCGUCAGAAAAAUUGCUAUUGUCAUCCUCCACGUAACUCUAAUGUCAUAAGCGUACUGGAUUACUCGAGCAUUCAAGUGGCUCCUUUCUCCUCUCCUCUUGUCUCCAAAAUGCUCUGCGUUUUGUGUUGUGCAUUCGUAAUGAUAAUACGAGAAAAUUUCUUUUUCCCUUAUUUUUUGUGUGGAUAUUACAGCAUAUGAGGCGAGCGGGCAACAUUUGGCUAGUUGUGUCGUAACUUGCCCAUUGUAGCUUUGGAUUUAUGUAUGUAGAUUGUAGAGAAUGUCUUUCAAUUUUGUAGGAUAGUAUGCCGUUUUUAGUAUGAAAAAUUCUAUAGUUGUGCUAACACAAUGAAGUAGAAUGAUUGCAUACAGAUAUCAGGGAAUAUGUACUUGUCUGUGAGGAUGAUUGUUCCUUUCAUCACCUUGCUGCAAUAUCAGUUGAAUUCAGUGUGAAAAUUUUUGCUUUUUA